UUUUCACCGAGAGAGAGACAAAAAAAAAAGGGCGAAGAAGCCAACGAUACCAUCCUUGCUCAAAAAUUCAAACUCCGAUAACCUCACGCGCCUCCCCUACGCGCAACGAUCCCAAAAUUUCAAACGAUGGAGCCGGCGAAGGUAGAUUCCGAUGCGAAGACUGUCAAGGAUCCGAAUCCGAACCCGUCUCCGAGCGCCGAUCCGAAAGCCGCGGAUCAAGGACCGGCGAAGAAGGUAGGCGAGGACGCGAACGCCGAGAUCGCCUUGUCGGAGGUCGAAAUCGAGACGAAAGGGAUCGAUCCAGCAGCGGCGCAGGCGGAAGCGCAGCCGCCGGCGAGGACGUCGUCUGGAUCGAAGAAAUCGGUGCAUUGGAGCCCCGAGCUGGUGUCCGGGUCUCAGGAGCCGGAUCAGAAGUCCGCUUCGUCGUACCCGGCGGGAUCUAAUCCGUAUAUCGCUCGUUCUCCGGCUGAGACGUCGGAUGCUUCGUUGAAAGAUACGAUGGAGUCUGUGAAAGGAGCGCUCGGGAGAUGGGGAAGGAGGGUUGCUGAAGCUGCUAAGAAGACGGAGAGCCUUGCCGGCAACACGUGGCAGCACCUGAGAACUGCUCCGAGUUUUGCGGAUGCUGCUAUGGGAAGAAUUGCGCAGAGCACUAAGGUCCUUGCAGAAGGAGGAUAUGAGAAGAUCUUCCGACAAACUUUUGAAACCGUUCCAGAAGAGCAGCUGCUGAAUUCUUUUGCAUGUUACUUGUCGACCUCAGCUGGGCCAGUUAUGGGAGUUCUAUAUAUAUCCUCUGCCAAGCUUGCUUACUGUAGUGACAACCCUCUCUCCUACAAAAAUGGUGGUCAAACCGAAUGGAGCUACUACAAGGUAGUGAUACCAUUACAUCAACUAAAAGCAGUGAAUCCAUCAACAAGCAUAGUGAACCCUGCAGAAAAGUACAUACAGGUAAUAUCGGUAGACAAUCAUGAGUUCUGGUUCAUGGGUUUCUUGAACUAUGAAGGCGCUGUGACAUCUCUGCAAGAAGCUUUGCAAGCCGGUGGUGGUUUGCGGUCAGUGUGAUUGUUGCACACUUUGGUGGAUUCGCCUGUUUGAUGAAUUCUGAAUUAUUUUGAUCUGUACUCUUUUUCUUCUUCUUUUUUUGCUUAGCUAUUAUCAUUUCAGUUUAACAUUAUAUGCAUAAAUAUAAUUUAAUCAUCAUUAUAUGAGAGGACAGUAUAUUUGCAA